AUGAUAUCAUUCGAUAAUCAAUGCUUACAUAGUGCAAAGAAAAAAUAUAUGCACAAACAAAGAAAGUUGAUAAAUUUAAGUGCAACGAAUAAAGAUACAAGUGAAGAAGACAAUACAAAUGCACCUGAUAUCGAUGAUGUUAGUGAAACAUUUCACGAAGUUAAAGAUAAUGAUGCUAUUUCUGAUGAUAAUGAUUUAAAAGAUGGUAGCACCGAUGACAGAAAAUUUGGUGAUGAUGGUACAGAAGGUGUUAGUUCAGAUAAUGGCAGUCUGGUGAUGGGUGUCGUAUUAGCAUUAGUAUUAGCAUUAAAUUAA